AUGAAUGGAUGUCACACAGACUGCUUGGAGAAACCUUUGUCAAGGGGGUUUGGCAGUCUGGGAAAACUGAUCGCCAGAUAUCCCUGGUGGUUUAUAGUUGUUCCUGUUGCUCUUUCUGUUGGAUCAGGAGUCGGGUUUUGUUUUCUGGAGCAAAGGCAAAUCAUGAUUUCUGAGAACCAGUUCCCUUCAACUGGAAGCCCAUUAAAGAUAGAGGGGGAUUUCAUCAGGACACACUUCCCAAUGAAUGAGACAGAGCAUUUUUCUACACUGCGAUUAUAUAACGAAGGCUCGUUUGCCUCAAUCAUCAUUGUCGGCCUAUCACAGAAUCUCUUAAAUGAGAGCAAUUUUGAGGAACUGCAGAGGCUGGACACAGCAGUGAGAAGCUUAAGUUUAGAUUCAGAAAUCCAUUUCCAGAAUUUAUGUGCCCAAAUCAAUGACUCUACGUGCUUUUCUGCUAAUCCACUGCUUGCCUUAAUUCAAAAUGGUACAAGGAAAACCAACAUGACCUAUCCUAUGUUUCAGAACAGUGUAUUCCUGGGAAAAUAUAUUGGUGGUGUUACACUGGGCCCAGACAACACUCUGCUACAAGCUCAGGCUCUUAGGUUUGUCUACUAUCUGAGAGAAGACACAGACCGAGAACGAGUCAACAGCGCAAAGUGGCUCAACUACUUUAUUUCCUCAUUCCCACAGCAACUUCAAAUGUUACAACUAAAAUCAUUUCAGGUUUAUUAUUAUACAUCAAUUUCAGUCCAAAAGCAGCUCGAGGAAGAUGCAAAAAGAGCACUGCCCUUUUUCACUGUAACAUUUAUUGUGACAAUUUUGUUCUCUGUUCUCUCUUGUAUGAGAUUGCACAGUGUGAGAAACAAGAUUUGGGUGGCUUUAUUUGGAGUUAUUUCUCCUGGGUUAGCGAUAUUGACCAGCUUUGGCCUUCUAUUAUUCUGCGGGGCACCUUUUGCCAUUACAGCAGUCAAUGCUCCAUUUCUUAUUUUGGGAGCAGGGAUGGAUAAUAUGUUCAUUAUUAUCUCUUGCUGGCAGCAGACUAAAAUAAGGGCUUCCCUUGAGGAACGGAUGGCUGAAACCUACCAAGAGGCCGCAGUCUCCAUCACCAUCACCACUCUGACUGAUGUCCUGGCUUUCUACAUAGGGAUAAUGACUCACUUCCCAUCUGUGCAGUCAUUUUGCAUCUAUACUGGUACUGCCCUUGUAUUUUGCUACUUGUACUGCAUUACCUUUUUCGGUGCUGUGUUGGCCCUUAACGGAAGGCUUGAAAACGACAAUAGACAUUGGUUAAUCUGUGUGAGAGUGAAGGAUGCAGAGGAAUCUGCUCACAAUGUUAUGCAUCAAAUGUGCUGCCUUGGUGGAUCUUUUGAAACAUCAGGUGGAACAGAAAUUGAGCACCCUGUAACAGUGUUCUUCCAUAAGUAUUAUGGUGUAUUUCUUACAAAUCAAUGGACAAAAGUGCUGACUGUACUUCUCUAUCUUGGGUACCUGGCCAUUAGCAUUUAUGGCUGUUUUAAGUUACAAGGGGGUGUUGAUGUUCAGAAGUUGCCAAAUGAUAAUUCUUAUGUGAGUCAGUAUUAUGCUAACGAGGCGUUGUACUUUGCAGCUCAUGGUCCCAGGAUUAUGGUUGUUGUAAACAGUGAACUAGAGUAUUGGAAACCCAAAACCUCUAAAGAGAUAGAAACCUGCAUGCAGAAGCUAGAGAAUAAUUCUUACGUUGACAAGAAAUUCACAGAGUCCUGGCUGAGAACAUAUGAGGGUAUUUCUAAAGCCCUUAAUGUGAGCAUAAUAACCCAGGAUGGUUUCAUGGAUAAUUUAGAUAUAAUAUUUGCUUAUUUUGCAAGUUCCAAGCAAGAUGUAGAUGUGGAGGGGAAUAAAAUCAAAGCUUCCCGUUUCUUUGUACAGACUAUUAAUCUAGUCGGUACCAUUGAUGAGAGAAACAUGGCGACCCAAUUGCGUGGUAUUGCUGCAAGCUGCAACAUCCCGGUGUUCGUGUAUCACCCCAUUUUUAUCUGCUUGGAUCGGUACGCUUUAAUUAUUCAGAGCGCCAUCCAAAAUAUUAUUGUGGCUGUUGUUGUAAUGCUAGUGGUCUCUUUGUUGUUCAUCCCAAACCCAUUAUGUUCUUUGUGGGUGACGUUUGCAAUAGCUUCUAUAAUAGUUGGUGUUGCCGGUUUCAUGGCCUUUUGGAAAGUCGAUCUAGACUCCAUAUCACUGAUCACCCUUGUUAUAUGCAUAGGCUUCUCCGUGGAUUUCUCCUCUCAUAUUGCCUACGCGUGGUUUUCCAGUAAAAAAGAAAAGCCAGAAGAGAGAGUGAUUGAUGCUUUGCAUGUUCUAGGAUAUCCCAUAGUACAAGGAGCUCUCUCCACAAUUCUAGGGGUGGUGGCCCUUUCUGUUGCAGAGAGUUAUAUCUUCAAAACGUUUUUUAAGCUCACUUGCCUAGUUAUUGCAUUCGGGGUUCUUCACGGCCUGGUGUUUAUUCCAGUCUUCUUAACGAUGAUAGUAUGCCCCAAAUGGUCCCGUGGCAGUAAAGUGAAACCUCAAAAGAUAAGUCACCAGCCAGCAGAUACAAUGGCAGAACCAAAGAGACAAAGAGAAAAUCAAAUCAAAAAAGAGGAUCUGCCAGGGUAUCCAUGCUCGGUGCCAGAUAUGAUAAACACCGGUAUUCCGUUCACCACUUGCUACUACUUAGGUUGGAAAAGGGGUGUAUUUACUAUUUUUCACCCUGAAAAAUGCCCUCAAGAAAAAUGA